AAAGCAAGAAGGCAUAGAGAAGCGAAGCAGGCUUAACGGGUCUAGGAACUUUGUUUCCCAUACGCCCUUCCGGUGACCGUGGUCGGUCGAGUAGGAUCCGAUAGCUUCUGUUUGGUUCGGAAGGGAAAGAGGAAUCAAGUCCGGAUCGGGAGCAGCUUUGCUUCGGGAGAUGAAUGGCCAUUAGUCCCCCCUCUCCAGUGCAUCUUCCUGUUGCAGACAGAGAGAGAUGUACAGACAAUGUGCGUUGGGAGGGACCGGAAGAAGAACACCAGAGAAAGGAACCUAAGUGCCAUGCCCUCUUGAAUAAAAACAUUACAGCAUCGCAGAACUCUCCACAGCUUUGAUGGAUGCUUUGCCCUUCACGCUGGGGGAACUGCUCUGUUUGGGGUCAAGCCUGGCCUUCUCUGGCCUCUUUUAUUACCUGCACAGGAAGAAGGCCAAGGUGGUGACCAAAAUCCAGGGGGCUCCGAAGCUCCAAGUCAGUGCAAGUCUUCCCAGCAUCCUGUCCGCCACAGGUACUAACUGCCUCCCCUACGUUGUCAUUGAAGGAGUGGUCCAGCCUGUCAAAUCAGCCCUGACCAGCCCAUACCACAAGGAGCUGCAGGGAGUGAUUGAGAGACUGGUCCUGAAGGAGCAUCGCUUGAUCUGGAACAGCCUGGCCCGAAGCUGGACCGACAGUGAGCGGGUUGUGCUGGAGCAGCUGCACACCGUCCCCUUUGUCCUGACCUCCCCCAUCGACAAAACUGCAGAGUGGGUGAGUGUGGAAUCGCCCCUUCAGGCAGUUGAUCUGCCCCUGGAGACCGUCUACGAACGCUUCCAGCAGAUGUCCCAUGGCUUCAAAGACCUACUCAGCCACUACCUGAGCGGGGAGAAGCCGAAGGGCUUCCUUGAGACAGAAGAGAUGCUUUUGGUUGGCAGCAGCCUGACUGGCAUUGGCGAGCUGGUGCUCCGCCCAGAUGGCACCCUCUGUCUGCAGCCCCCUUCGGACGGCGCAGGCUAUUUCCUGUGUCUGGAGGAUUGGCAGACCCUGCUGGCUGGCAUGCAGUCAAUCAGCAGCUUCUGGAAAUGGGCUGCCUUGCUGUGCAGCCUUGCGGCUUCGGCAGUUGUCCUGCGUGCCCUCUGCCGGGCCCACUGGAAUCGCCGGCUGAGUCGGGAGCGGGAGGCCCAGCGACGGGAAUUUGAGGACUUCCUGCAACACCAAAACGACAGCGAAGAGCUGCCCCCGAACGCCUGCGUCGUCUGCCUGACCAGCCCACGCGAGUGCGUCUUGCUGCCCUGCGGCCACAUCUGCUUGUGCUUCCACUGUUUCCAGGCUUUGCCCAACCCCUCCUGUCCCAUCUGCCGGGGCCUCAUAGACCGUGUGGUUCCGCUCUAUCAGGCCUAGUGGGGUGGCCUCGUGUGCUUUCAGACACCCCCAAGGCACCACAAGCACAAGAAACAAGGACCCUGUCCACUGGCUAUACAAG